AUGCAGGGGCGUCAGCAGGUCCUCACUGGGCCCACGUCAGCCCUGCAGAAGUCCCGGCCAGGGAAGGCAGGGGUAUCAGGCAGCCUGGGCUGGGUUGGGAGGGACUGGGGUUCACCCAGGAAGCUUCAGAACUGCCCCUCGCAGAGCGUGGCCACUGCUGGACUCCCUAACCCCACCCAACAGGAGCACACCCACACGAACCCCCACCCUUCCAGCCAACACCCAGUGGCCCUGAGGGCUCCCCCGACCCUCCCCCCUCCCCCACCCCCGCACGUCACGUCACCUUUCACACCCCCCACGCCCAGCGGGCCCAGCACCCCGGGUUCCUGCUGGUUUCUGGAAGGCCCCUUCCCAGGUUCCAUGGCCCUCUCCUCCCCGGGAACCCUGAGCCUGGAAACCCUGGAUGACUCGGACCCUGACCCAGCCCCGCUGCUGGAUGGGGAGCCGUGGCCCCCGCCCUGUGAAAUCACGGCCCACCUGACCGCGCCCACCGAGUCCCCUCUCGAGGUUGGCACUCCCCACCGGUCUUCCUGCUCCUUGACCCUGGGGGUCGAGAGGGUCCUGGACCCAGAAGCAGAGCACAGCAUGGACGUCAUCCUGGUGGGCUCCAGUGAGCGGUCAUCCCCACCGUCACCCAGGCUCCGCAGAGAUCUUAUUGCAUAUGAAGUCAAGGUUAACCAGCGAGACAUAGAAGACAUAUGUAUCUGCUGUGGAAGUUUCCAGGUGCACACGCAGCACCCUCUGUUUGAGGGAGGGAUGUGCACUCCUUGCAAGGACAAGUUCCUGGAGUGCCUCUUCUUGUACGACGAGGACGGGUACCAGUCCUAUUGCUCCAUAUGCUGUGCGGGAGAGACGCUGCUCAUCUGCGAAAACCCCGACUGCACGCGGUGCUACUGUUUCCAGUGCGUCGACAGCCUGGUGGGCCCCGGGGCCUCGGGGAAAGUGCAUGCCAUGAGUAACUGGGUCUGCUUCCUGUGCUUGCCCUUCCCCCGCAGUGGGCUGCUGCAGAGGAGGAAGAAGUGGCGGGGGUGGCUGAAGGCCUUCUGCGACCGGGAGUCGGAGAGUCCCCUUGAGAUGUACAAAACUGUGCCCGUGUGGAAGAGAGAGCCCGUCCGGGUGCUGUCCCUUUUUGGGAACAUCAAGAAAGAGCUGAUGAGUUUGGGCUUUUUGGAAUAUGGUUCUGAGCUGGGAAAACUGAAGCAUUUGGAUGAUGUCACCAACGUAGUGAGGAGGGACGUGGAAGGAUGGGGCCCCUUCGACCUGGCCUACGGCUCUACGCCCCCGCUGGGCCACGCCUGCGACCAUCCCCCAGCAUGGUACCUGUACCAGUUCCACCGCAUCCUGCAGUACGCGAGACCCCGGCCAGGCAGCCCCCAGCCCUUCUUCUGGAUGUUCGUGGACAACCUGGUGCUGACCAAGGAUGACCGCAUCGUGGCCACUCGCUUUCUGGAGGCUGACCCGGUGACCAUCCAGGACGUCCAUGGCAGUACCAUCCAGAACGCCGUGCACGUGUGGAGCAAUAUCCCCGCCGUGAAGAGCAGGCAUUCGGCUCUGGAUUCCCAGGAGGAAUUAUCCCUGCUGGCUCAGGACAGGCAGAGAGCAAAGCCCCCCACCCAGGGCCCAGCCAUGCUGGUGAAGAAUUGUUUUCUCCCCCUGAGAGAAUAUUUCAAGUAUUUUUCAACAGAACUCACUUCCUCUUUAUAA